AUGAAUGAAGGAAAUUCAAUUGACCAAAGAAAAGAUUUAAGAACUAAGGUGAAUGCGCCUCCAGCAUUUGAAUCUUUUCUUCUUUUUGAAGGAGAAAAAAAAAUCAUCAUUGAGAAGGAAACUAAAGUACCAAAUGCUGCCAUUUUCACUGUCAACAAUAAAAAUCACACUUUGGGUAAUUUGAUUAGAUGUCAAUUGUUGAAGGAUCCAAAUGUUAUAUUCGCUGGUUACAAAGUACCUCAUCCAUUGGAACACAAAUUCAUCCUUAGAGUGCAAACAGUUGGAGAUUAUACUCCUCAAGAUGCUCUGAAAAACGCACUAAGUGAUCUGAAUGCGGAAAUUUCUUAUAUCGAAGAAAGAUUCAAGAAAAAAAUUAAACCAACAAAUGAAACGGAUCAACAGGUGUUGACAAUGCCCUUAGUGACUAUGGAGAAAAGUGUUUACUUACCUCCUGCCAAAUGGAAAAAGCUUCAGGAUGCAAGUGAUAAACAAAAUUUAAAUUUCCAAAAAUUAUCAUGGGAAGCGCUGAAAAAGUCCAUCAAUGGUUUGGUUAAUAAAACCAAUGCCAGUAAUUUACCUGUGAUUGUCAGAGAAUUGUUGAAGGAAAAUUUAAUCAGAGGACAAGGUGUUUUGUGCCAAUCAAUAAUUACUGCUCAAUCUUUUGGUCCAAUCUUCUCUAAUGUUUAUGCUGCCCUGGUCGCUGUGAUCAACUCCAAGUUACCUCAAAUUGGUAAAUUAAUUGUCACUCGAGUUAUAAACAAUUUUUGUAAGAGUUAUUUACGCAGCGAAAAAAGCUUGUGUAUCAACUCUGCUCGUUUCCUUGCUCAUCUUGUGAAUCAACAAGUGGUUGGUGAUAUAUUAGCGCUGGAAAUUUUGUUCAUGCUUCUAGAAAAUGCUACAAAUGAUAGUAUAGAGGUGGCUGUUUGCUUCCUGAAAGAAUGUGGAGCAAAACUACAAUCAACUUCUCCCAAAGGAUUAAUCACAAUUUUUGAUGCGUUGAGGAACAAUCUCAAUGAAAGAAAUUUAAACACUCGAGUUCAAUAUGCAGUUGAAGUGCUGAUUGCCAUCCGCAAAGAUGGAUUCAAAGAUCAUCCCAUCAUCAUCCCGGAAUUGGACCUAUUGGAAGAGGGAGAUAAAAUUACUCAUCAAUUUGAAUUGGAUGGUCAAUACGAAACGAAAGAUGAACUUAACGUGUUCCACUUUGAUCCUGAAUAUUUGGAGAACGAAGAAAAAUACAAAAUUUUGAAAAAAGAAGUUCUCGAUGACAGUGAAUCUGAAGAUGACGAUGGUGAUGAAGAUGAAGAUGAAAAGGAAAUUGAUUCGAAUGAAGAAAGAUCAAAAAUAACUGAUGAAUCUUCCAUCGAUCUUGUUGCUCUUCGGAGAAAAAUAUAUCUUAUCCUUCAAUCAUCUUUGCAACCCGAAGAAGCGGCUCAUAAACUAAUGAAACUUGGAUUAACAGGUGGUGAUCGUACCGAAAUGUGCUUCACGAUCAUCGAUUGUUGUGCCCAACAGAGAACAUUCAUUCAAUUUUAUGGACUGAUCGCCCAGAAUUUCAGCUCAAUUUCCCAUGAAUAUUCGAAUAUUUUCUCCUCUGUGUUCGUUGAUUGUUUUUCUAAAAUCCAUCGUUUUCUGGAUUCAAUCAAACUGCGGAAUAUUGCUGGAUUUUUCAGUCACCUGUUGAUCACAGGUUCUAUUCCAUGGACAGUUUUAUCUUGUGUAAAGAUAAACGAAGAUGACACUACAUCCGCUAGUCGGGUGUUCAUCAAAUAUUUAUUCCAAGAAAUUUCUGAUUUUCUUGGAGUGGAAAAAGUCAAAGAAGAAUUCGAGAUCCAACCCUGCAAGAAGCUUUCGCUGGUAUUUUCCCUCGUGAUAAUCCAAGAGACACUCGAUUCUCGAUAAUGUUCUUCCAAAACAUUGGUCUUCAUCCAUUGGUCGAAGAUUUAGUUGACUUUCUCAAAUCUAAACCAGCUCCAGAUUCAAUUGAAGCCAUAAAAGAGGAACCAACUACGGAUAAAAAGAGUAGCAAAAGAAAACAU